UCUGCGAUUGUUCCGUGUGUCAUCCCCCAAGGCCAAGGGGUAGCCUGUAAAUUUCUCUCCAUGUCCCAAAGCGCGGCCAGGCCAUUCCAUUUUAGUAACCCCACCACCGAUUGCUCCGUAUAAGAGAAGAAGAACCAACCACAACCAGAAACCCACUCACAAAGCCCAACAAUUCAUCCAAAAAUUCCUUCAAAAACCCCUUCAAUUCAAUUCCGUUACCCACUCACAGAAACACACAGUUUUCGGCCAUGUCUAAUCAAGAUCUGGAGCGAGGAGCGGCUAAGAAUCAAGCCAACACUAACCCAAAUCGGAACUAUUCAGCUUCUCCUUACUACAUAGAGACUUCUGAGAAGCAAUGGACGCCAUGGCUGAUUCCUAUGUUCGUCGUCGCCAAUGUCGCUAUGUUUAUUGUGGUCAUGUACGUCAAUAAUUGCCCUACCAACAACAAUCGGGGUUCUCGAGAUAAGUGUGUCGCCAAUUUCCUCGGCAGAUUUUCGUUUCAGCCUCUCAACGAGAAUCCCCUCUUCGGACCCUCUUCUUCUACGUUGGAGAAAUUGGGAGCUCUGAAGUGGGACAGGGUUGUUCAUCAGCAUCAAGGAUGGCGACUUCUCUCAUGUAUCUGGCUGCACGCUGGAAUCAUUCAUCUUCUUGCAAAUAUGUUGAGUUUGGUUCUGAUUGGGAUCCGCCUUGAGCAGCAGUUUGGAUUUGUGCGAAUUGGAAUAAUAUAUCUUGUGGCUGGAGUUGGUGGGAGUACGAUGUCUUCCCUGUUCAUCCGAAACAAUAUUUCUGUUGGAGCUUCUGGUGCCCUCUUUGGACUUCUUGGAGCUAUGCUAUCCGAGCUUUUGACGAACUGGACGAUUUACACAAAUAAGGCUGCUGCAUUCUUCACCCUCAUCGUUAUCGUAGCAAUUAACUUGGCAGUCGGAAUUCUACCUCACGUAGACAACUUCGCCCACAUCGGAGGAUUCUUAGCAGGAUUCCUUCUCGGGUUUGUGUUUCUUAUCCGACCCCAGUUUAAAUGGACAGAACGCCACCAUCUCCCACCCAGUGCUCGCCGCGUAUCUAAGUACAAAACUUACCAAUACAUUCUCUGGUUGGCUGCUGCAAUUCUACUAGUUGCUGGCUUUACUGUGGGGCUGGUGAUGCUGUUCAGAGGUGAGAAUGGUAACGAUCACUGCAGCUGGUGCCAUUACCUAAGUUGUGUGCCAACCUCAAAAUGGGACUGUGGGAAUUAGCCACUUUUGGUUUGUGUGUACAUAGUUACACUUCUAUACUUCAGUUUUUGGUCUCUCCGCAGGUUUUAGUUUCCUUUUUGCUCAUGUAUAUGAAAUAGUUUCCAAGGCUUAUGAGUUAUGAUAUAUUUUUCCCCCCUUCCCUCUUUCAUCUUGUUUACUGUAGAGAUAGACAAUCUGCUUCGGUUUAAUAAGAUUGAUUAUUUGUUGGUUCUUA